AUGGGUAACAUCAACAAGGCAUCUAAAAAGAACAGUAAAAAGAAUAAGGGGGUGUCACCUGUAGAACGAAACGACAACCCAUUGGCUGCAGCCAUGCUAAGGGAUCUGGGUGGUGCAGGUGAGGUGGACACAGACGAGGAGGAAGGAGGGAGUGAGCGGGAUUUGGAUGAGCCGCUUUGCGCUCUGGUUAAGAACUGCAACGUGAUUCACAACAUAGUGGGGCCUGCUUGUAUCUUCCUCAGACAAGGCUUCGCACAGAGCCAGCUUGACAGAGAUCUGCGACCAGAGGAAAUGGAAGAGCUUCGUGAGGCGUUCAAGGAGUUUGACAAAGACAAGGAUGGCUUCAUCAGCUGUAAGGACCUAGGAGAAUGCAUGAGGACUAUGGGAUACAUGCCAACAGAGAUGGAGCUUAUAGAACUCAGCCAGCAGAUCUGUGGAGGCAGAGUGGACUUUGAGGACUUUGUGGAGUUGAUGGGUCCUAAGAUGCUCGCUGAGACUGCAGACAUGAUUGGAGUCAAAGAGCUCAGGGAUGCAUUUAGAGAGUUUGAUUCAGAUGGUGAUGGUCAGAUCAGCCUUGGGGAGCUGAGAGAAGCCAUGAAGAAGCUGAUGGGAGAACAGCUCAACCACCGUGAAAUCGAUGAGAUCCUGCGAGAUGUAGACCUCAAUGGGGAUGGACAGGUGGACUUUGAAGAGUUUGUUCGAAUGAUGUCUCGCUGA